AUGGGAGCAACAGAUCUACUUUUUAUCACUGUCAGUCAAAAUGUCUCCUUUGUGGGUAAAAUCUGGUGGAUGCUGAUGCUGCUUUUACGUCUUAUUGUCCUCCUCAUGGCCGGUUUCACCCUCUACAGCGAUGAACAGGAGCGUUUCAUCUGUAACACCAUCCAGCCGGGCUGCUCUAAUGUAUGUUUUGAUGUUUUCGCUCCUGUGUCCAUCUUCCGCCUCUGGCUCUUCCAUCUCAUCCUCCUCUGUCUUCCUCAUGUGCUGUUUGUAACCUACAUCAUGCACAAAGUCAUAUCAGGAUUUUAUCCCAGUUUUGGAGGUUUCUACUUCAACAGGAGCCGAGGAGGUUCACCCUUUGAGAACUCGAGCUCCUCCAGAGAACUGUCUUUGCACAAAGCUCCACUCCAUGAAGUCCCACGUGAGUGGGGAGUACCACGGUUCUACUGUGCCUACCUCCUGGUUAUUGUUGUACGGAUCCUCCUGGAGGUGUUCUUCAGUGCGGGGCAGUUUUUUCUCUUCGGUUUGUCCAUUCCCAAGAGCUUCCUCUGCUAUGAAGCUCCCUGCACGUCUGGGGUUGAAUGUUUCAUCUCCAAACCGACAGAGAAGAUGCUGAUGCUCAACUUCAUGCUGGGAGUUUCCUCCUUGUCUGUUCUGCUGAGUUUGUUUGAUCUGAUGAGCUCCAUGAAGGCGAUGGUGAGUUGGAGGAGGAAGAGGGAGAUGCUGUUAGAGGAGAUGAGUAAAGGUGAGCAAAGCAGCGUGUUUACAACAACCACGACUGAAGACAGUGAUGUUCCUAUAACCAGGAGAGUCAGCCUGAGUGGAAGCUCAAAGAACGGUGUGAAAGAUGAGAAACAUGCCGCUCCUGCUGGAGACCCUCUUCAUGCAAAAGUCAACAAUGGUGGAGCUUUAAUAAAGCAUGAAGACUCGGCACAGGAGCAUCGGCCAGACAGCAGAGACGCUAGACCGGACAUGUCUCCAGCACCUACUCAUUUUGUCCCCCACAGCCAUCUUAGACCUCCAAUGUCCCCUCGCCCUGACAGGAUCCCACCACCAAACUCCAGGGCUCCAACACCCAUGGGUGUGAGAAAGCUUGGCCAGUUUCCUCCAGCUGCAGCGAGCUCAGGCCAACAGUCUGACAGCAGUGACUCUCAGGACAAAAGGGCAUGGGUGUGA